UAAGAACUGGCGGAAGACAUAACUGUAAAAUCAAAUAUUGAACGUUUAACAGUCUUCACACUACAUUUAGGAUAAACUCCUACAAAAAGGACUAUUGAAAGCAAAUUGUAAUUUAAUCUUUUGUUCUACCCCUCUAUUCGAAAAGUUAAUGUAUUUUUAAAUAGAAAUAUAGUGAGUGCUAAUCGCGAUGAAGGAAAAAUGUUGAGCAGAACGGAAUAAAAAUAUUAUCUUUCAUGACUUGACUAAACUCGCACAAUAAUGUUGGCUCCUCCAAUUGCAUCAACUUAACUCUAAUGGUUGCUCUCGAUAUUCUAGUCAAAACGAACUUUUCCUCCAGUGUCACCUCGACUAUAGUUCCCUAUACUGUAACAGAAUCGAGUUUCCGAGUAACUGACUUGGAACCAAUUAACAACAUGGAAGCGGCGGAGUACGUGAGAAAGCAAAUGUAUUCCUUUUUUACAUCGAGUAUUAUGGCUUAUCCCCAAAGUGAUUUUAUAGGUCGCUGUUUCGGAGUGGCCAAGAAGAUAAAGCAACUGCUUCCGAUUCUAAUGUUGUUAUUGGGCGUUAUAGUAACGAAAUUAGGAUUUUUAACCUUGUUCUCGCUAAAGACGAUCGGACUGCUUUUGUUGCUUCUAUUUAUGAAUGUAGCGGGAGCCUCGGCAAAAAUCGCAACGAUAUUUUCUAAACACGGAGAGCAAAAAAGCCCUCAAAAUAUUCACUUCCACGUAAAUCCAGGAAAGAGUCACCAUGAUGAAUAUGAAAGUUAUCUGAGAGAAUGGGACGACAAAAGCGAUCGCGGACCACAUUACUGGAAGAAAAGUGAUCUCUACAACUUGUAUAACAAGCUUCGGGAACAAGAUUUCAAAGGGGCAAAUAAUUUUAAGUAAUUAAUUUGUUAAUAUAAAUUAUUAAAGCU